AUGGUUCAUUGGAUAAUGUUCAUAGUUCCUCUUUGGGGCGUUCCGAUACAAUCGACGGACAAGACGCACCAAGUGAUCGAAGCAGAACUGAAAACGACUUCCUUCGCUUGGCUCGAACCUGCAGACGACGGUUGGAUCAAGGGCGUGACUAAGGAUGAGAAGGUUGAAACGAUACGGGUUCCCGAGUAUGCAUGGCUAGCCUGCUUUGGUCACCGUAUCUCACCCCUAGUAAAUGCAUUUAUUUUGCGGUACUUUACCCAGCAGCUAACAUUAUCUUGUCUAGAUAGGGCUCCGAAAGAAUUCCACACUGGCUACUCCAAGAUCUUCACUUCUAUUGGCAAUGCCGAGGCCUACCAAAGAGAGUGCGAACAAUUUGCUGAGCAGAUGAGAAGUGGAGGUGUCCAUGUAACACUCGACGUGCAGAAGGGUUCUGUACACGAUUUCUUUAGAACGGCGCUGUCUGUUAUCCUGCCUGAGGUGGCUCGAGCUCGGGUUUUGGAGAAUGCGAAAGCGCGGCUCGAGAAGCACGCCGCCACCACUCAGAAAAUACAAGGGUUCCUUGCUUUCAGACACGUUGGAGGUUCAUAUGUCAAUCCGUACAGAAUGCCGUGAUAUUGUUUACUUUCAUAGUCCCAAGAAUACGCACAUUCUGGUAUACAACUUCAAUAGUCCAAUCACUACAAGAUCGUCGUCCGUAUGGAAGGAGUUUGUUUUAUUAAACAGUGUCGUGACGUCUCACCACUGUUUCACGUGGGUAAUCAGGAUGCGAGCGUAUAUGAUGCAAAUUUGCUACACCGCGAGGGAAGAUGGGCUGUCCUAGCUAUGGACGUGAUCAUCGAAUCCCGGCACAUCAACAUGGAGCUUAGACUGGUGACUAUUCGUCUCACAACCCUACUAGUCGUUGCAAGCAA